AUGGAUUUUUUGGUUUUCAAUGUUUGUUUUCAAUCGCACGCUGACGCACGCACUGACGAACCGCACGCCAUCGACGUAAUAUUUAUGACUUUAAUAAGAUGUAUAGCCGUGCUUUACUGCCAUUAUCUGUUCAAUGAUUUCAGGCAGUUGGAUUCAAAAUAUGUUUUGGGUAUUGCUGCCAUGUUUACAGUAUUUUCAAGCUUCGUUUUUAGUACCAUAGUAAUACAUUACUUAAAUGGACACUUAAAAGAUGUUCCUAUUCCUAUUAGUUUUAAUUGUUAA